ACUACAGUGACCUGCUGAUCUGCUCAUUUUAAUAUCCUAUGAAAAAUAUGCAAAGCGUCUUCAGCACCUCACCUGGCCAGCGCGUCAAACAUGGAUGGUUGUUAAAUGAUUUAGGACGCAUCUGAAUAAGAAUGGAUUCAAAUGUUAAUCUUCUUGGCUUUUGCAAUAAAGGGGUGAGCAAAAUGUUCCCAGCGUCAAAAACCACUUGGGCCACGAUAAGUGGCGUGAUUUUGAUGGCAUGUAUUAUAAUCUAUGUGUACUGCAGUCCAAACAUAAGCUUCAACAAAUUUACUGCUACGCGAGUCCAGGUAAACAACAUCAGUGCAGAAGCGUGCCUUAGUGUUUUAAGGACGGAGAACUACAGGUGCACUGCGGACGUCACCUCGGACGAACUCCCGAUGGCACCAAAACCCCUGCCGGAUACUGCGGAGAAAGAAGAACCGGAAACCCUUCUGUUGAUCUGGAUGUGGCCUUUUGGUGUUAGUUUUGGCCUUGGACCCUGCAGUACAGCUUUUAAUAUCCAUGGCUGUCGUUUAACGGACGACAGAGGUCUGUUUAACCAAGCACAUGGAGUUAUGUUCCAUCAUAGAGAUAUUAGCGGGGAUAUAUCCAACAUGCCGCAACAACCACGACCUGCUUUCCAGAAGUGGAUAUGGUGGAAUAUGGAGUCUCCAAGUAAUUCGUAUCCAAUUGGCCCGCUAAAUGGUCUUUUUAAUCUAACUUCCAACUACCGCAGGGAUUCGGACGUCCCAGUACCUUAUGGUUGGCUCACAGAGGCCACAGAGGAACAGAAAAAAUAUACAAUCCCAAAGAAGGACAAAUUAGUUUGUUGGAUAGUAAGCAACUACAGGCCAAGCUAUAGGCGUUCACAAUACUAUACCGAGUUAGCAGAACACAUCCACGUGUCGGCGUAUGGCAGGCACUUUAACAAUCCAGUUAGUGAUGCAGAUUAUUCAAAUGUGGUGUCUAGUUGCAAAUUUUACUUGUCUUUUGAGAAUUCUGUUCACAGAGACUAUAUGACCGAGAAGCUGUUUAAUGCUCUAGCGCUUGGCGCCGUUCCUGUCGUUCUUGGCCCGUCCAGAGACAACUACGAGCAGUUCAUACCAAGUAAUGCCUUCAUCCAUGUGGAUGACUUUCCAUCUGCAAAAGAAAUGGCUGACCAUCUGAAACAUCUGGACCAAAACGAGGAACUGUACAUGCAGUACUUCACCUGGAGAGAACAUUUCGUUUCAACACGAUUACCAUUUGGUCUUGCACACGCCUGUCACAUCUGUGAUCAUAUUAGAAGGCAUAAGGAGUACAAAGCUGUCAAAGACCUUAACGGCUGGUACUGGGGUUAAGGGCACUUUAAGAUGACGCAGAGUGAACGGGGUGGUAAAUCAGGUAUAACAAGACUUUGACCAACAAGCUCAGCCAGGGCAGUAUAUGAACUGUAAGCCACGUCAAAGUGUUAUUUAAGGAUUUAAAGAACUGUUUUAUUGUAAAGUGCCAUCAAAUUAGUACAUUUAACAUAGUUGUCAAUAACUUCUCUGACAUUUUUUGAUGAAGAAUAAAUUAUAAAUUGUUUUGUAAGGGAACUCGCCUGUCUGAAAUCUCUGAUGAAUUUGAAUUUUCUAUUUCACAAUUUACAGUCGUUGACAAAUUCUAAAAUGCUAUGCUUGAUUCAUCAAGAAACAAAUGUACGUCAUAAGGACCAGUUAUCCACCUUUUAUUUUCAUGUAAGGGCGGGUGCAGCCAUUUGUGAAUUUAAUGGGUUUGGCUUUCGGUCUCAUCUGCGUCCAGCUACUUUUAGCUGUACAAAACAGCUUGAUAUUGCGAAUUGGUGUGUUUUACCACACUGGUUUGUAGUUCAAACAGUUUUACCAUUUACUGCACGUUGUUAUUCUCUUUGUUGGUUCCCUGUAGCUUUUCGUUGUCACCCAUAAGCUUAUUUCCGAGUUGAAGAAAAG